CGCUAAACGAAUAUAAAGCCUUGACUUAUUGGUAAAGCCCACUGGACUAUAAUCCGAGCCCAUAAGAAAACUUAUCGUUUAAUCAAAGCAACAACUAAAAACCGCUUCCAACUCCAAUCAAUUCGUCUCUCUCUUCUUCUUCUCCUCGUUAGCUCAAACCCAAAAAAAAAAAAACGUAGCGAAGAUGAUGCACAUGACUUUCUACUGGGGCAUCAAAGCCACAAUCCUCUUCGAUUUCUGGAAAACCGACUCAUGGCUCAGUUACAUCCUCACCUUACUCGCCUGCUUCAUCUUCGCCGCCUUCUACCAAUACCUCGAGAAACGCCGCGUCCAAUUCAAAUCCCUUUCGUCCACUCGCCGUCCUAUUCCGCCUCCUCGCGCCGGCGUUUCCGCGCCUCUCAUCCCCAAAUCCGGCACCAGAUCCGCCGCCAAAGCUGCCUCGGUGCUGCUUUUCGGCGUCAACGCGGCGAUCGGUUACUUGCUGAUGCUCGCGGCGAUGUCCUUCAACGGUGGCGUUUUCAUCGCGAUCGUCGUCGGGUUAACAGUCGGGUACCUCUUUUUCAGAUCUGAUGACGACGGUGCUGACGUGGCGGCGGAGAAUCCUUGCGCUUGUGCUUGAUUUCGAAAAUUUCUGUAAUUCGGUUUUAUGUUUGAUGUGUUGGAUCUGUGACACGUGUUUUAUUUCUGUAUAAUUAAUCUUGUUCACUGAACUGAUCAGCAUCGACGAUCUAAAUGCGUUUAAUGUAUAAUUAAUCUAUCAUAUGAUUAAGCUCUAUAUAAUACUGAGUGUAGUCAAGAGUAUUGCAAUAACACAGACGGUGAUGAAGUUUGAUCC